GUUCUUCGUGCGCGUGGGCUGAAGCUAAAACGCGCGAGCGAGGCGACCAGCUAAUAUUCCGCUCAGUCAGAGAGGAAGGAGCUGCCACUUGGUAAUGGACGCCAAUAAAGUUUUGGCAGGUAAAGGGGAUCAAGGGAUGCAAAAUCCAGGUGGGCAGAUUGAAAGACCUGCCGGCAUCUUGGAAAGCAUGCUUCCCAAAGUCGUGAAGAGGCGAGUGCAUGCCUUGAAAAGGCUACAGGUGCAGUGUGCCAACAUAGAGGCUAAAUUCUACGAGGAGGUCCAUGAGCUAGAGAGAAAGUAUGCUGCCCUCUAUCAACCACUCUUUGACAAGAGAAGAGAUUUUGUCACAGGACCCGUGGAACCCACAGAGGAAGAGUGCGAGUGGCACAGUGACAGGGAGGAAGAGGAGGAGCUAGCUGAGGAGGUAAAGGAAAAGGCUGCUAUUGAGGAUGCAAAGAAAGAGGAAGCCACGCCAAAGGAAGAUCCUAAAGGCAUCCCUGAGUUCUGGCUCACCAUAUUCAAGAGUGUGGACAUGCUCAGUGACAUGCUCCAGGAACACGACGAGCCCAUCCUAAAGCACCUGAAAGAUAUUCAAGUCAAGUUCUCUGAGCCAGGACAACCAAUGAGUUUCACAUUAGAGUUCCACUUUGAGUCCAAUGGUUACUUCAACAAUGCAGUCCUCACUAAAGUCUACAGGAUGAAGUCAGAACCUGAUGAGUCGGACCCUUUUUCAUUCGAGGGUCCGGAGAUCAUCGACUGCGAAGGCUGUCAGAUAGACUGGCACAAGGGGAAGGAUGUGACAGUGAAAACUAUUAAGAAGAAGCAGAAGCAUAAAGGCCGUGGCACUGUCCGCACAGUCACCAAGCAGGUCCCCAAUGACUCGUUCUUCAACUUCUUUAACCCGGUCAAAGCUUCACCAGAUGGAGUAAUGGACGAAGACUCCGAGUUCACCCUAACCACAGACUUUGAGAUUGGACAUUUCUUCCGUGAGAGAAUAGUUCCGAGAGCAGUGCUGUACUUCACUGGAGAGGCCGUGGAGGAUGACGAGAGUUUUGAAGAGGAAGAGCAGGAGGAGGGAGAUGAAGAGGAUCAAGAUGAGGAGGGUGAUGACGAUGACGAUGAUGAGGGAGACUGCGACCCCAAGGCAUAAUCAAUCAUUCUCACCCAAUGCCAUUUCUAGAAAGAACAGCCCCAGCCUGCCGAAUGCAAACAGCAGUAACCGUGGUGAUCAGAGGAGGUGGUGACCUGAAGUCUGUCAAAUCCGUUCUUAGCCAAUCAGCAAGGCCUCCUGCAGGCUUCCCCCUUUUACGAACUCAUCUGAACGCAAUAGAACGCAAACCAAACUGUGUGUUACUAUGUGCAUGACUUAUUUUUCCUUGUCUUGCGCCCAUCUAACCCCCUAUUUGAUUAAACUACCGUAGAGUCACGUAGGGCCAGCUUUGGUACGGGGGAGUAGGUUACGACUGCCGAGAACCUCUAACUUCAUCGUAGAAAAAAAUAGGAAAGAAAAGAAUCCCAACUUAAGUUUUCAUGGAAAUAAAUUGGUUACUCAGGGUUUUAUAAUGCCAAGAGAAGUUUGAGUUUCCCAGGAAACUGUUGAACAAGUCUGACUUCAUCGUUCACUGGGGUCGUGUUUUUCUUUUGUUAUUCAAUGUAUCAUUUUGAAUUUAAUUUACCUUUUUUUUUAUGUUCAUGGUCAAAUGUUAUUGGACUAUUUAUUCUUCGGGUCCAGCAUUUAUUGGCUAAUUUUCAUUGGCUCAAAUCUUAUUUGGGUAUUGCUGGUCAACUAAACUUGAAUACUGCCACGUCAAUUUAUUUCAAACAUUAAAGAAUUGUGUUUUGCAUUAAAACACCUCCUUUACGCCCAGGCUUAUUGGGCUUCAGAAGCAUUUAAACUGAGCACACUGAUGAAGAUAUGUGGAAAGCAUGUGGUCAGACCUCAACUGUCACAGCGCUACCCGGGUUGGCCAUCACCCCUGAAUGCCCUUUUGGUUUUGUGUGGUCAGGAUAAUAUGAACAUUUUAAGAAAACAAGACAUCUGGAAAUGAUCCCAGCCCAACAUUGCAUUCAUUCUGGUGAAUCUCACUAAAUCAUGACACCGUCAAGCAAAUGCAGUCGUUGACCUGCAACCGUUCUUGGUUGUGACUCCGCUCUACGUGUCGAGUGCUUAACACCGUAGUGGCAGUCUGAUGGGCGCAGGGAGUUUGAAUCUAAUGUAAAUUGCGUUGCCAAGAAGCCAAACUAAAAGACAAAACACGCCGUCAUUAUUUUCUUUUUGCCAAGUGUAAUCUAAUUCAGCAUUUACAGUUGUUAAAGAAUAUAUAAAUAUUUCUGUUCAUGUCUAAUGAGUCAGUAGAAUGUCUGUCUGUGGAAAACAAAUGGAGGCGGUUUGCCAAUGUAUUUUCUACACUGCACUUGGACUUUGGCAGUUCGAUUGGGACCCCGCUGCCUGGUCAGCGACGGCAGUUUCAGCAAAAAUUACACCCACCCCCUCUUUUAAAAAAAAGAACGAUUGUAGCUCUUGUCGGACAGAUGUUUCAGAGCCACGGUUCACAUCUUUAGAUCUACCACACUGGACCUUGUGCUAGCAAUGGCCUUCACUGGUUCUUAUUCACAAUUUGUUACUUGCGCUAUAUUUCUUUUCAAUUUGUACAGAGUUAGUUAAAAUAUUCUAUUAAAGUUGUGCGACAUGGA